CCCCUCGUCGUCUCCGUAGCUUGUCCGGCUUCCAGACCAGCUUCUCUGAGCCUCGCGUUGACGUCAAAGCAGCGGGCUUGGAUGUAUAAAACCCUCCGUCCUCUCCGGUCGACGCUCACAGGGACUUUUUCCAGACUCCGAGGAGGAGACAUCCCGCCGGCCGAAGUUCAGCUGCAGCAUCUGGACAGAAGAAAGACAUGAAGCCAGUCCCCCUGCUCCUGCUCCUCUCCUCGGUCCUCCUCUCGUCGCACCUCCGCCCCGCCGCCGGCAGACCGCGCGCCCUCCCCGGCUGGCUGGAUGGCAGCGGCCGCCUCCAGACGCAGCGACUGGACGAAGUGCUCCUGAGAGCGGCCGCCGCCGGAGACAGCGCCGCCUCAGAUCCGCUGGGCGACAACCUCCUGAGGCUCUUCCAGAGGAGGACCCCGGACCCCCUGCUCCUGCUCCCGUCCGAGGAGGAGAGCCGGGACGAGGCGGUGAGGACGGCGGCGGCGGCGGCGCAGCUGCUGAAGCGGAGCGAGGAGCCGCCGCUGUCCAUCGACCUGACCUUCCACCUGCUGAGGAAUAUGAUCCAGAUGGCGAAGAUGGAGAGCCAGAGGGAGCAGGCGCAGCUCAACCGCAAAGUGCUAGACGAGGUCGGGAAGUAAAAGCUCUAUUUAUUUUAUUUUAUUUUUUUUAUCCAUCGUAGAGAAAAUGCCUCAUUUAAAAACAGCCCAGCCGCUGUCUAUAAGUAAUCAAGACCUCUGACAUUAGUUGUUGUCGUGCGCCUGCCUUCUCCUCCACGCCAUUUUACGCACAGAUGGUGCCAAAUUACGCAUCACAGCAUCCGCGAGUAAAACGUAGAAAGAAAGAAAAAAAAAAUCUUUAAGUGUUAGUUAAAGACUUCGCUGGAAACGGACUCCCGGCUUCACCCCCAAACCCUCCUCACCUUCCUCACCCUCCUCACCCCCUCUGCUCUCCACACUGGACUCCUGGAAUCACUGGAUUUCACACUUUAACAUUUGGACACAUAUAAUGCGGAUGUGAGCAGCAAUGUUCUUUGUCUUUUUUCUUUUUCUUUUUGUCCCGAUGAUCAAAUGAUUUGAUGCAUGAAGAGAAAAGUGAGAGAUGGCAAAAUAAAUGAUUCAAAGUGAGCUGACUGAAACAUUUGCAUAUGUCAGCUUUGCAAAUUUUCCCCUUAAAUUACAGUCUGAUUUCUCAAGAUCUCAAAGUUGACCUCAGUGUGAGCGUUUGUAUUUGACAUUUGAAAGAUGCUCCUAACAUCUGCCCCCUUUCUAGGCAGCUUGUUUACCCCUGCAGCAAAAACAACAAGGUGCAUUAUGGGUGUUUAACCAGCACACACCUUGAAUGGUUUAAUGGUUCAGACACACAAUUCUCCACAGUUUCCCACUUAAAGUAGUGGCAGAUACAACAAAAAGGGGGUGAAAUUGACUCCAGUUUAUGAUCAAAGUUAUAAAUAAACACAAAUAUAUGAAAUUUAAAAAACCUUAAUAGACUUAAUAUAAGUUAUGGUGCAGGGUUCUGGCACAAAAAAAGUGGUAUUACUCAUAACUGAUCAAUAGAGGGUGUCAUUUGGCAACUUAAAGUGCUAAAUCGAGCCAUAUUAGCUCAUAAUUGACCUUUUAAAAUGAAAGAAUACUCUGCAGGAUUUGGAAGUGAAAUCUCCUCUCUCCUCUCCUCUGCUUCUUUCUUUUAAUCCGCCCUGAUCAAUCAAACUUAAUAUCACAAGAUUGAAGGGAUCUGUUUGGAAAUGUGUCCGAGCCGGAAAGAAAGACAAAACAGUCUUCGCGUUGCUUUGUUUUCCAUCCUCUUCUCGCCUUCUUUUCAUCCUCUGUUCCGUUUCUUCAGCUGGAGCAGGAGCACUAUCACUAUGUACUGUAUCAACUGUAGCAUGCUAAUCCACAAGAAAAAAAAAAA